AUGGGUACUCAACGAAGUCAGCACCGGUCAUUCUUCGUACUAAAAUUUCGAAACUUUAUCCUCCUAUUCGACAGAAGUGGUCUCCACACAAAUGCAACCGUGGAAUGUUCCUUCAGUUAUUGCUCGUUUUGCUGUUUUAUAACAUCGCUUAUUUCAGGGGACCCGUGCACGAUAUCUUCGCAGCAAGAGCUUGACGAGUCGUUUCGUCUAUACGACAUCAAUAAGGAUUCUGAAAUUUUUAUCCACGAACAUGUGUAUCGUCGAGGCGCGCGAAGGUGGAAGAAAUUCUAUCGCGUGAAUGGACACCUAUUUGCUGCCAAGAGGUUCAACAAGAAAGCCGUAUGCGCGAUAUGCCAGGACAAAGUCUGGGGACUCGGUCGACAAGGCUUUCGUUGCUUAUCAUGCAAAUUGGCAAUUCACAAGAAAUGCCACAAACUCGUGAAAGAAGAAUGUCCCGGCUAUCCGAUUGCCGUACAUGAUUUUUCUGUGCAGGUUGUGCAUCCCGUUAAAUCGAAGGGCAUUACACUGGACGACUUUAAUCUGUUAACGGUAAUCGGUCGAGGGUCUUACGCUAAGGUCUUACAAGUCGAAUACAAGAAAACUGGUCAGUUGUACGCAAUGAAAAUCAUCAAGAAAACCAUGGUGACGGACGAAGAAGAUAUUGACUGGGUUCAGACCGAGAAACACGUGUUCGAAACUGCCUCAAAUCAUCCGUUCCUUGUUGGCUUACAUUCGUGUUUCCAAACAUCAGGCCGGUUGUUUUUUGUCAUUGAGUUUGUUCCCGGUGGUGACCUGAUGUUUCAUAUGCAGCGGCAGAGACGACUACCUGAGGAGCACGCGCGGUUUUACUCUGCGGAAAUUAUACUGGCCCUUCACUUCUUGCACACUCGAGGCAUCAUAUAUCGAGACCUAAAGCUAGACAAUGUCCUAAUUGACGUUGAUGGCCACAUAAAGCUUACCGAUUACGGAAUGUGCAAGGUAUGAAU